AUAGUGUGUUGCGGGUAGAUGUGGGCAGAGUUCUUAUGGGCACGGGGGGACAUGUUUUUGCUUUAAUUAGCCCACUGAUUCAUUUCUUUUUCCUAUAUAUAGAGACCAAGCAGGCAAACACAGCAAAUUACUCCAAGCCAACCCAAAAAGCUCCCAAGCUCUCGGUCUUGUUCCUUCUUCUUCUUCUUGACAAGAUGGUGACGAUGCUUGAGGAAAAGACCCUCUCAGCGGCCAUGAACGCAAGAAUUAUAGGCUCUGGCAGCGAAGCUAUCAUUCUUGCUCAUGGAUAUGGAGGGGAUCAGUCUGUUUGGGACAGACUCCUUCCAUACUUGGCUCAACAUUACCGUGUCUUAGUCUUCGACUGGAACUUCUCCGGCGCAGUGAGCGACCUGAACCUCUUCGACCCAGAUAAAUAUUCUUCGUUCGAUGCCUUCGCCGACGAUCUCAUCGCUCUGGUAGACGAGCAGAACUUGAGAUUCUCAGUAUUUGUCGGGCACUCCAUGUCUGGUAUGAUAGGUUGCAUUGCUUCCAUUAAAAGACCUGAUCUCUUCAAGAGGUUGAUACUGGUUGCAGCUUCUCCCAGGUUCCUAAAUGCAGAAGACUAUGAAGGAGGAUUUGAGAUCUCACAUAUUGAGCAAAUGUUAUUCAACAUAGAGUCCAACUUCCAUGAAUGGGCUCAAAAUUUUGCUGGCCUUGUUGUUGAUGGAAGACACCCUCCCUCUGUGGACAAGUUCAGGAAAUCUUUGGGAGCAAUGAGACCAGAAGUUGCACUUUCUUUGGCCAAAACCAUCUUCCUCAGCGACGUUCGAGACGUCCUAGAGAAGGUUCAAACCCCAUGCACAAUCAUCCAGACUUCGAACGACAUUGUUGUUCCGGUAUCCGUCGCUCACUACAUGCACAACAAGAUCAAGGGGAAAUCGACCGUCGAAAUCAUCGAAGGUGACGGGCAUUUUCCACAACUUACAGCGCAUUCCUCGCUGCUCGAUGUUCUUGGUAGAGUCAUGGGUAUUGAUUUUGAUGAGAAGAUCAAUCUACCAUCUCCAGCAGCUGAAGGAUCUCCAAUUGGUACAUAAUUGUUUACUAAAUGAGUGAAGAAUCACCCACUUAGUAUAAUGGUUUGGCUUAUUAUUUGUAGCGCUUACUUAGUGUUAUUAUGGCUUUGAUGUAUUGUGUAGUUGCAUUUAGUUUGCGUUGUUUGUUUCUUGUAAAUAUGAAGGUUUGGAAGCUUUACAUAUAUGUUAGAGCUUGAUAUUAAAUUGA